AUGACCAAGCUUUUUGGAACUGAGGUAGCAUUGAACAGCUACGGCCAAGCUGUUUUGGGUAGGUUUUCUUGUACAGAUAUUUGGUGCAAUUAUUAUUAAUGUGCUAUACUUUAUUGUAACUCAUUCUUGAUACAUGUGUGCAUAGUGAAUCCAUCUUGUUCAGAGAGAUCCACCACUGAACCUGUUCCAAUUGACAUUGAUCCACCAGCAGGUGAGUGAUGACAGGAGUCAUAACCCUUUCGUCUUGUAGUUGCAUGGCAGUAGGUUCCUAUCAUACAAGUAUUUUAUAACAGAAUUUGAACUUUUUUUGUUCUUUAAUUGGACGUAGUACCACCGGCUGCCACUGCCAGUGAGCCCUCGGCUGCCACUGCCAGUGAGCCCUCGGCUGCUGCCACUAGUGAGCCGACAACAGCAACCACAGCCCUUGGCUUUUCAGCGGAAAUAAAGCCCUGGGAGGAAAACUCGAACCCUAUCCAGAGCAAACUGGUAGGUUAUCUAAAUCUGAAGUUUUAUUUAUGACACAUUGACACACAACUAAUUGCUUUUAUUUUCGCAGCUCAAUUAUGUGCUGGAUAAGAACCGGCCUGCAACAGAACUCAUUGUGAAAGAAGGGCCAUUUGCCGCGUGAAGAUUUCUGGAGCCUGGGGCUAUUAAGAGACAUGGACUCUCAAGUAAGUAGAGUGUGAAAAACAAAAAAGGAUAAGCUUAAAAGUAUGUUUAUAAUCUUGAUUUUUCUCUUCCAGAUUGGGAAUGCCAGCUUCAAACUGAUUCAUGAAGCAGCUCUGCAACUUGUGGGUAACCUUUUUUUAUAA